CAGCACCGGCACCAUGGAGGGCAGCGCCGGCGGGGCGGGGCCCGUCGGGACUCCCGGUGCCGUCGGGGGGUGGCUCAGCGGCGGCUCCGAGUCCGAGCGGCGGCGGUACCUGAGCGCGAGGCUCUGCUGCAGCGAUGAGCGAGACCGCGUCCAGAAGAAAACCUUCACCAAAUGGGUCAACAAGCACCUCAUCAAGGCUCAGCGCCACGUCAACGACCUGUACGAGGACCUGCGGGACGGGCACAACCUCAUCUCGCUGCUCGAGGUGCUCUCGGGGGACAAGCUGCCCCGCGAGAAGGGCCGGAUGCGCUUCCACAAGCUGCAGAAUGUGCAGAUCGCCCUUAACUACCUGAAGCAUCGCCAGGUGAAGCUGGUGAACAUCCGCAACGAUGACAUCGCCGACGGCAACCCCAAGCUCACGCUGGGGCUCAUCUGGACCAUCAUCCUGCACUUCCAGAUCUCGGACAUCCAGGUUACGGGGCAGUCUGAGGACAUGACAGCCAAGGAGAAGCUGCUCCUCUGGUCGCAGCGCAUGGUCGAGGGCUACCAGGGGCUGCGGUGCGAGAACUUCACGGCGAGCUGGCGCGACGGCCGCCUCUUCAAUGCCAUCAUCCACCGGCACAAGCCGAUGCUCAUCGACAUGAGCCGCGUUUACCGCCAGAGCAACCUGGAGAACCUGGAGCAGGCUUUCACCGUGGCCGAGCGCGACCUGGGGGUGACGCGGCUGCUGGACCCCGAAGACGUGGAUGUGCCGCAGCCGGAUGAGAAGUCCAUCAUCACCUACGUGUCGUCGCUGUACGAUGCCAUGCCGCGCGUGCCGGAGGCGCAGGACGGCGUCAAGGCCAACGAGCUGCAGCUGCGCUGGCAGGAGUACUACGAGGUGGUGACGCUGCUGCUGCAGUGGAUGCGGCAGUACACCAUCAGCUUCGAGGAGCGGCGUGUGCCUGCCAGCUACGAGGAGAUUGAGCUCCUCUGGCGCCAGUUCCUCAAGUUCAAGGAGUCCGAGCUGCCGGCCAAGGAGGCCGACAAGAACCGUUCCAAAGCCAUAUUCCAGGCCAUGGAGGGCGCGGUGCAGUCCGGGCAGCUGAAGGUGCCCCCCGGGUACCACCCGCUGGACGUGGAGAAGGAGUGGGGGGCACUGCACGUGGCUGUGCUGGAGCGCGAGAAGCUGCUGCGGGCGGAGUUCGAGAGGCUGGAGCGGCUGCAGCGCGUUGUCACCAAGCUGCAGAUGGAGUCGGGGCUCUGCGAGGAGCAGCUCAACCAGGCGGAUAAUCUGCUGCAGGCGGAGCUGCGGCUGCUGGAGGCGGGGAAGGGGCUGCAGAAGGCCGCGGAGGUGGAACGGGACCUGGACAAGGCUGAUGGGAUGAUUCGGCUGCUCUUCACCGACGUGCAGAGCCUCAAGGAUGGGCGGCAUCCGCAGGGCGAGCAGAUGUACCGCAGGGUGUACCGCCUGCAUGAGCGCCUGGUGUCCAUCCGCACCGAGUACAACCUGCGCCUCAAGUCGGGGGUCCCAGUGGCGGCGGCGGUGGCUCCGGUGGCGGCGGCUGCGGCCCCGUCCGAGGCGGCGCUGCGGUACGUGCAGGAGCUGCGGGGCUGGGUGCAGGACAACCAGCGCCGCGUGGCGGGCGCCGGCUGGGGCAUGGACCUGCCCUCGCUCGAGUCGCUGCUGAGCGCCCACCGCGGCCUCCACCGCGACAUCCACGACUUCGGUGCCAAGGUGCAGCGGGCGCGCGAGGACGAGGCCCAGCUACCCCCCAGCUCCCGCAGCGCCUACAGGGAGAGCCUGGGCAAACUGGAGCAGGAGUACGGGGAGCUACUGGAGUCGUCGUCGCAGCGGCUGCGGCACCUCGAGGCCCUGCUGGGUUUUGUGGGCGCUGCCACCACAGAGCUGCUGUGGCUGAGCCAGCGCGAGGACGAGGAGGUGACGUUCGACUGGAGCGACCGCGGCCCCCCGCUGCCCUCCAAGCAGGAGGCCUACUCGGGGCUGAUGCGGGAGCUGGAGCUGCGGGAGCGGCGGGUGCAGGAGCUGCAGAGCUGUGGGGAACAACUGCUGCGGGAGCAGCACCCGGCCCGUGACACCAUCGAGUCGUUCCUGGCGGCGCUGCGCACGCAGUGGAGCUGGAUGCUGCAGUUGUGCUGCUGCGUAGAGACCCACCUCAAGGAGAACGGUGCCUAUUUCCAGUUCUUCGCAGAGGUGCGCGAGGCUGAGCGGCUGCUGCAGGACCUACGGGACCUGAUGGGCCGGAAGCUGCGGAGCGACCGCGGGCUCAGCGCCGCGCGCCUGGAGGACCUGCUGCAGCAUGCCAAUGAGCUGCGGGAGCAGCUGCAGGAGGUGGGGGCGCAGCUCCCGGCGCUCUCCCGCCGCGCCAGCACCAUCGUGCAGCUGAAGCCGCGCAGCCCCGGCGCCACGGUGCAGGGCCGGCCCCGCCUGCAGGCGGUCUGCGACUACCGGCAGCUGCAGAUCACGGUGCACAAGCAGGACACGUGCACCCUGCUCAGCAACGCACAGCCCCACAAGUGGAAGGUGCUGAGCGGCGGCGGCGAGGCUGAGGUGCCGAGCGUGUGCUUCAUCCUGCCGCCCCCCAACCCCGAGGCGCUGGAUGCGGUGCGGAGGCUGGAAGCUGAGCACCAGGAGCUGCUGGAGCUCUGGCACCAGCUGCACCAGGACCUGCGGAGCCUCAGGGCCUGGCAGUGCCUGACCCGUGACAUGCGGCAGAUCCAGGCCUGGUCCCAGCUCACGUUCCGCACGCUGCCGCCCGAGGAAUGCCGCCAGGUGCUGCAGAGCCUGGAGAUGCACUACCAGGAAUUCCUGCGGGAGAGCCGGGAUUCGCACAGCUUCGCGCCUGAGGAGCGGCAGCAGCUGCAGCGCGAGUACGAGGCCUGCACCCGGCACCACGACCGGCUGAGGCGUGGCCAUGAGAAAGGAGAGCAGGAUGAGUCCCUGUGCCAGAGCUUCCUGUCGCGGCUGAAGGAGCUGAGCCUGCAGCUGCAGCACUGCGAAUCCAGCACCAUCCAUCGCCUGCGGCUGCCACUUGACAAGGAUCCGCAGGUGGAAUGCGCCCGGCGCAUCACGGAGCAGCAGCAAAUCCAUGUGGAGCUGGAGGGCAUCAGGAGGAGCCUGGGCUCCCUCGGGGAGGAGGCGCAGGAGGUGCUGGCACAGGUGGAGCCCCCCGGCUCAGCCCCGAUGCUGCGCUCGGAGCUGGAGGUGACGCUGCAGAAGAUGGAGCAGGUCUACAGCCUGUCCAGCAUCUACCUGGAGAAGCUGAAGACCAUCAAGCUGGUGAUCCACAGCACGCAGGGGGCUGAGGAGCUGCUCAGGAAGUACGAGGACCAGCUGAAGGACGUGCAGACGGUGCCGGCGGAUCUGCAGGAGCUGGAGGCCACGCAGGCAGAGCUGAAGCGGCUGCGGGCGCAGGCCGAGGGCCACCAGCCCCUCUUCAGCACCUUGGAGACCGACCUCAGCAAGGCCAAGGAGGUGAACGAGCGCAUGGUGCGGGGCCACAGCGAGCGGGACGUGGACCUGGAGCGGUUCCGGGAGCGGGUGCAGCAGCUGCUGGAGCGCUGGCGUGGGGUCCUGGCGCAGGCCGACCUGCGGCACCGUGACCUGGAGCAGCUGGGCCGGCAGCUGCGGAGCUACCGCGAGAGCUGCUCCGCGCUGCGCUGCUGGCUGCAGGAGGCGCGCCGGCGGCAGGAGGAGAUCCAGGCCGUGCCCAUUGCCGACGUUGCCAGCGUGCGGCAGCAGCUGCUGCAGGAGCAGGAGCUGCUGGAGGAAUGCGACCGCAACAAGGAGAAGGUGGAGGAGUGCCAGCGCCACGCCAAGCAGUACAUUGACGCCAUCAAGGACUACGAGCUGCAGCUCGUGAGCUUCAAGGCGCAGGUGGAACCAAUGGCAUCCCCAGCCAAGAAACCCAAAGUGCAGUCCGCGUCUGACAGCAUCAUCCAGGAGUACGUGGACCUGAGGACGCAGUACAGCGAGCUGACCACGCUCACCAGCCAGUACAUCAAGUUCAUCACCGAGACGCUGCGGCGGCUGGAGGAUGAGGAGAAAGCCGCCGAGAAGCUGAAGGAGGAGGAGAGGAAGCGGCUGGCGGAGGUGGAGGCGCAGCUGGAGAAGCAGAGGCAGUUGGCCGAGGCGCACGCCAAGGCCAAGGCGCAGGCAGAGGCAGAGGCGCAGGAGCUGCAGCUCCGCAUGCAGGAGGAGGUGGCCCGGCGCGAAGUGGUGGCCGUGGACGCGGAGCAGCAGAAGCAGAACAUCCAGCAGGAGCUGCUGCAGCUGCGGCAGAACUCGGACCACCAGAUCGAGGCCAAGGUGAAGCUGAUUGAGGAGGCCGAGUCCAGCCGCAAGAAGGUGGAGGAGGAGAUCCGGGUGAUCCGGCGGCAGCUGGAGAGCACGGAGCGGCAGCGCCUGGGCGCCGAGGCCGAGCUGCGCGACCUGCGGGCGCGCGCCGAGGAGGCCGAGCGGCAGAAGCGGCAGGCGCAGGACGAGGCCGAGCGCCUGCGCCGGCAGGUGAAGGACGAGAGCCAGAAGAAGCGCGAGGCCGAGGAGGAGCUGGCGCGCAAGGUGCGGGCCGAGCGCGACGCGGCGCGCGAGAAGCAGGAGGCGGUGGCGGCGCUGGAGGGGCUGCGGCUGCAGGCGGAGGAGGCCGAGCGGCGCCUGCGGCAGGCGGAGGCCGAGAAGCAGCGGCAGAUCCAGGUGGCGCAGGAGGCGGCGCAGCGCAGCGCUGAAGCCGAGCUGCAGAGCCGGCGCCGCUCCAUGGCUGAGCAGACGGCGCAGCUGGAGCUGUCGCUGCAGCGCGAGCACGUGGCCGUGGCGCAGCUGCAGGAGGAGGCCGAGCGCCUCAAGCAGCAGCAGCGCGAGGCCGAGCAGUCGCGGGAGGAGGCGGAGAAGGAGCUGGAGCGCUGGCGGCAGAAGGCCAACGAGGCGCUGCGGCUGCGGCUGCAGGCGGAGGAGGUGGCGCACCAGAAGACCCUGGCGCAGGAGGAGGCCGAGAAGCAGAAGGAGGACGCGGAGCGCGAGGCCCGCAAGCGCGCCAAGGCGGAGCAGGUGGCUCUGCGGCAGAAGGAGGCAGCCGAGGAGGAGCUGGAGAAGCAGCGGGAGCUGGCGGAGGGCACGGCCCAGCAGAAGCUGGCGGCGGAGCAGGAGCUGAUCCGGCUGAAGGCGGAGAUGGACAACGGGGAGCAGCAGCGGCUGCUGCUGGAGGAGGAGCAGUCGCGGCUGAAGGAGGAGGUGAGCGAGGCCAUCCAGAAGCGGAAGGAGGUUGAGGAGGAGCUGGCCAAGCUGAGGGCCGAGAUGGAGGUGCUGCUGCAGAGCAAGGCCCGAGCGGAGGAGGAGUCGCGCUCCAGCAGCGAGAAGUCGAAGCAGCGGCUGGAGGCCGAGGCCAGCAAGCUGCGGGAGCUGGCGGAGGAGGCGGCGCGGCUGCGUGCCCUCUCCGAGGAGGCCAAGCGGCAGCGGCAGCUGGCGGAGGAGGAGGCUGGGCGGCAGCGCGCCGAGGCCGAGCGCAUCCUGAAGGAGAAGCUGGCGGCCAUCAAUGAGGCGUCGCGGCUGAAGGCGGAGGCGGAAAUCGCGCUGAAGGAGAAGGAGGCAGAGAACGAGCGGCUGCGGCGGCUGGCGGAGGACGAGGCGUACCAGCGGCGGCUGCUGGAGGAGCAGGCGGCGCAGCACAAGCAGGACAUUGAGGAGAAGAUUGCGCAGCUGAAGCGCAGCUCUGAGAGCGAGCUGGAGCGGCAGAAGGGGCUGGUGGAGGACACGCUGCGGCAGCGGCGGCAGGUGGAGGAGGAGAUCCGUGCGCUCAAGGCCAGUUUCGAGCGGGCCUCGGCAGGCAAGAGCGAGCUGGAACGGGAGCUGAGCCGCAUCCGCAGCGAGGCCGAGGAGGUGCAGCGCAGCCGCGAGCAGGCAGAGCACGAGGCUGAGCGGCAGCGGGCACUGGCGCUGCAGGAGGAGGGCCGGCGGCGCGAGGCCGAGGAGAAGCUGCAGGACAUCCUGGCGGCUGAGGAGGAGGCGGCGCGGCAGCGGCGCCUGGCGCUGGAGGAGGUGGAGCGGCUCCGGGCCAUGGUGGAGGACGCACGGCGGCAGAAGGAGCUGGCGGAGAAGGAGUCGGAGCGGCAGGUGCAGCUGGCGCGGGAGGCGGCGCAGAAGCGCAUCGCGGCAGAGGAGAAGGCGCGGGUGGCCGCCAUGCAGCAGCAGGAGCAGGAGCUGCAGCAGGUGCGGCAGCAGGAGCAGAGCCUGGUGGAGCGGCUGCGCGACGAGGCCGAGCGUGCGCGGCGGGCGGCCGAGGAGGCCGAGCUGGCGCGGGGCCAGGCCGAGCAGGACGCGGGGCUGUCGCGGCGGCGCGUGGAGGAGGCCGAGCGGCUGAAGCAGCGCGCGGAGGAGGAGGCGGCGGCCACGGCGCGGGCGCAGGCGGCGGCCGAGGCGCUGCGCAAGGAGGCGGAGCUGGAGGCAGCGCGGCGGGCGCAGGCCGAGCAGGCGGCGCUGCGGCAGAAGCAGCUGGCCGACGCCGAGAUGGAGAAGCACAAGAAGUUUGCGGAGCAGACGCUGCGGCAGAAGGCGCAGGUGGAGCAGGAGCUCACCAAGGUGAAGCUGCGCCUGGAGGAGACGGACCACCAGAAGAACAUCCUGGACGAGGAGCUGCAGCGGCUGAAAGAGGAGGCGGGCGACGCCGUGCGGCAGAAGGCGCAGGUCGAGGAGGAGCUCUUCAAGGUGCGGGUGCAGCUGGAGGAGCUGGCGAGGCUGAAGAGCCGCAUCGAGGAGGAGAACAAGGCGCUGAUCCUCAAGGACAAGGACAACACGCAGAAGCUGCUGGCGGAGGAGGCAGAGAAGAUGAAGCAGGUGGCCGAGGAGGUGGCGCGGCUCAGCGUGGAGGCGCAGGAGGCCUCGCGCAUGCGGCAGCUUGCCGAGGAUGACCUGGCGCAGCAGCGGGCGCUGGCCGAGAAGAUGCUGAAGGAGAAGAUGCAGGCAGUGCAGGAGGCCACGCGGCUCAAGGCCGAGGCUGAGAUGCUGCAGAAGCAGAAGGACCUGGCGCAGGAACACGCCAAGCGGCUGCAGGAGGACAAGGAACAGAUGCAGCAGCGCCUGGCCGAGGAGACCGAGGGCUUCCAGAAGACGCUGGAGGCUGAGCGCCGGCGGCAGCUGGAGAUCACGGCCGAGGCCGAGCGCCUCAAGCUGCACGUGGCGGAGAUGAGCAUGGCCCAGGCCAAGGCAGAGGAGGAGGCCAAGAAGUUCAAGAAGCAGGCAGAGGAGAUCAGCGAGCGGCUGCACCAGACCGAGCUGGCCACGCAGGAGAAGAUGACGCUGGUGCACACCCUGGAGAUCCAGCGGCACCAGAGCGACCAGGACGCGGAGAAGCUGCGCCAGGCCAUCGCCGACCUGGAGCAGGAGAAGGAGAAGCUGAAGCAGGAGGCGGCGUUGCUGCAGCAGAAGGCGGAGGAGAUGCAGGUGGCCCAGCAGGCGCAGCUCCAGCAGGAGACACAGCUCCUCCAGCAGAGCUUCCUGACGGAGAAGGAUGCGCUGCUGCAGAAGGAGAAGUUCAUCGAGGAGGAGAAAUCGAAGCUUGAGAAACUCUUUAAAGAUGAGGUGGACAAAGCCCAGAACCUGAAGGCGGAGCAGGAGCGGCAGCAAAAGGAGAUGGAGCAGGAGAAGCAGCAGUUGAAAGCCAUGCUGGAUGAGGCCAAGAGGCAUCAGAAGGAAGCAGAGGAGAAUGUCCGGCACAAGCAGGAGGAGCUGCAGCAGCUGGAGCGGCAGCGGCAGCACCAGGAGAAGCUUCUGGAAGAGGAGAACCAGAAGCUGCGGGAGAGGCUGGAGCAGAUGCAGGAGGAAUACAAGGCAGCACUGGCACAGACUCGUGAGAUCAUGAUCCAGACGGACGACCUGCCAGGAGAGGCCAUGGUUGCUGUGGCUCAGCCACACGUCCAAGCCAUGCCCAACGGCAGGGACGUGAUGGACGGCCUCGCGCACAAUGGUGAGCCCGAGUUAGCCUUCGAUGGCAUCCGGCAGAAGGUGCCCGCAGGGAAGCUGGUGGACGCCGGCGUCCUGAGCCAGGAGAGCCUGGAGCAGCUGGUGAAGGGCACCGUGAGCGUUGGUGAGCUCGCGCAGAGGGACGAGGUCAGAAGGUACCUGCAGGGCCAGAGCAGCGUUGCCGGGUUGUUGAUCAAGCCCACCAACGAGAAGAUGAGCAUCUAUGAGGCCAUGAAGCAGAAGCUGCUGAGCCCGGGCACGGCACUGGUGCUGCUGGAGGCUCAGGCUGCCUCCGGCUUCAUCAUCGACCCGGUACGGAACACGCGGCUCUCGGUGAGCGAGGCCGUGCGAGAGGGCAUCAUUGGGCCCGAGCUGCACAACAAGAUGCUGGCAGCGGAGCGGGCGGUCACUGGCUACAAGGAUCCCUACACUGGCGACCGCAUCUCCCUCUUCCAGGCCAUGCAGAAGGAGCUCAUCGUCAAGGAGCACGGCAUCCGCCUGCUCGAGGCCCAGAUCGCCACCGGUGGCAUCAUCGACCCCGUGCACAGCCACCGCCUGCCCGUGGAAGCUGCCUACAAGCGCGGCUACUUCGAUGAGGAGAUGAACCGAACCCUCUCCGACCCCACCGAUGACACCAGGGGCUUCUUCGACCCCAACACGCAGGAGAACCUCACCUACAUGCAGCUCCUGGAGCGGUGUGUGACUGACCCUGACACGGGGCUGAGCCUCCUGCCCCUCACUGACCAGGCAGCCAAAGCCAGGGAGCUGGUCUACACUGACAAAGAAGCCAAAGACGUCUUCAAGAAGGCCACAGUGACAGCACCAUUUGGCAAGUUCCAAGGUAAGACAGUGACCAUCUGGGAGAUCAUCAACUCGGAAUACUUCACUGAGGACCAAAGGCGGGAUCUGAUCCAGCAGUACCGGACUGGCAAGAUCACGGUGGAGAAGAUCAUCAAGAUCAUCAUCACAGUUGUGGAAGAAAGUGAGAAGAAGAGCCAGAUGUGCUUUGAGGGCCUGCGGGCCCCCGUGCCUGCUGCGGAGCUGCUGGAAAGCAAAGUCAUCAACAAAGACCUCUACAAUGAGCUGCAGAAGGGCAAGAAGUCAGUGAAGGACGUGGUGGAGAUGGAGUCCGUACGGCAGUACCUGAAGGGCAUCGACACCAUUGCUGGGGUCCUGGUGGAGUCCACCGGGCAGAAGUUCACUUUCUAUGAUGCCCUGAAGAGGAACCUGCUGAAGCCGGAGGUCGCCCUGUCCCUUCUGGAGGCCCAGGCUGCCACCGGCUACAUCAUCGACCCCGUGAGGAACAUGCUCUUCUCCGUGGAUGAGGCAGUGAAGGCUGAGGUGGUGGGGCCGGAACUGCACGAGAAGCUGCUGUCGGCAGAGAAGGCAGUGACCGGCUACAAAGACCCCUACACAGGCCAGACGGUUUCCCUGUUCCAGGCGCUGAAGAAGGGCCUUAUCCCCAGCGACACCGGCGUGCGUCUGCUGGAUGUCCAGCUUGCCACCGGCGGCAUCAUUGACCCUGUCCACAGCCACCGGCUCCCGCUCGACGUUGCCUACAAACGCGGCUACUUCGACCCGGAGAUGAACGAGGCGAUGGCCGAGUUCCGCGAUGACGCCAAGGCUUUCUAUUGCCCCAACACCCAGGAACACCUCACCUAUGCCCAGAUGCAGAAGACCUGCCGCCGUGACAAGCAGACCGGCUUCUGCCUGCUGCCCCUGUCUGACCAAGCCAUCCAGGCGCAGCAGGAGGAGGUCUACACUGACAGCCAGGCAAAAGAGUGCUUCAACAAGACGACUGUGGAGGUCCCGGUGGGCAGCAUGAAGGGCCAGACCAUGACCAUCUGGGAGCUGAUCCACUCCGAGUACUUCACAGAGGAGCACAGGCGGGAGCUCCUCCGGCAAUACAAGACCGGCAAGGUCACCAUUGAGAAGAUCAUCAAGAUCGUCAUCACCAUCAUUGAGGAGGCAGAGACCAAGAAGCAGGAGAAGCUGACAUUCAGCGGGCUCCGGGCUCCUGUUCCGGCCAGUGAGCUGGUGGAGUCCCGCAUCAUCACCAAAGCCCAGUACGAGCAGCUGAAGGAGGGCAAGAAGUCGGUGAAGGACUUCUCUGAUACGGAGGCAGUGAGAAGAUUCUUGCAUGGCAGCGACUGCAUUGCUGGCGUUUAUGUGGAGGCGACCAAGGAGAAGCUCAACAUCUACGAGGCCAUGAAGCGGAACCUGCUGCAGCCCGGUACCGCUGUGGUCCUCCUGGAGGCCCAGGCAGCCACCGGGUUCCUGAUCGAUGCCGUGAAGAACCGUAAACUCUAUGUCAACGAAGCUGUCAAGGCUGGUGUGGUGGGGCCCGAGCUGCACGAGAAGCUGCUGUCUGCGGAGAAGGCUGUCACUGGCUACAAGGACCCUUACUCUGGCAACACCAUCUCCCUCUUCCAGGCCAUGCAGAAGGGGCUCAUUGUCAAGGAGCACGGCAUCCGCCUGCUCGAGGCCCAGGUCGCCACCGGUGGCAUCAUCGACCCCGUGCACAGCCACCGCCUGCCCGUGGAUGUGGCCUACAAGCGCGGGUACUUCGAUGAGGAGAUGAACCGAACCCUCUCCGACCCCACUGAUGACACCAGGGGCUUCUUUGACCCCAACACGCAGGAGAACCUCACCUACACGCAGCUGAAGGAGAGGUGCAUCGAGGAUCCUGAGACCGGCCUCUACCUGCUGCCACUGCGGGAGCCCGAGAAGAAGCCGCCAGUGGUGGAGACCACGCAGGUCUACACUGAGGCAGAGACGCGGAAGGUGUUUGAGGAGACGCAGGUGGACAUCCCGGUGGGCAGCAGGGCGGGCUCCUCCAUGUCACUGUGGGAGAUCAUGCACUCGGAUCUGCUGCCUGAGGAGCAGCGGAAGCAGCUCAUGGAGGAGUUCAAGUCAGGCCGUGUGUCCAAGGAGCGCAUGAUCAUCAUCAUCAUCGAGAUCAUCGAGAAGACCGAGAUCAUCCGGCAGCAGAAUCUCACCUCCUAUGACUAUGUCCGGCGCCGCAUCACGGCUGAGGAACUCUACGAGGCCAGGAUCAUCUCCCAAGACAUCUACAAUCUGCUCAAGCAGGGCUCCAAGACCUUCCGGGAGAUCCUGGAUGUGGAGACCAUCUGGAAGUACCUCUAUGGGUCGGGCUGCGUGGCUGGUAUCUACAUCCCCUCAUCCAAGCAGAAGCUCAGCAUCUACCAGGCACUGAAGAAGGGGCUGAUCAACUCAGAAGUGGCCCGUUCCCUCCUGGAGGCCCAGGCUGCCACCGGCUUCAUGAUAGACCCCAUGAAGAACGAGAUGCUGACCGUCGACGAGGCCGUCAGGAAAGGUGUGGUGGGGCCCGAGAUCCACGACCGGCUCCUGUCUGCCGAGAGGGCCGUGACUGGGUACAGAGACCCCUACAGCGAGCAGAAGAUAUCCAUCUUCCAGGCCAUGAAGAAGGACCUCAUUCCCAGUGAAGAGGCCCUCAAGCUCCUGGACGCCCAGAUUGCUACCGGCGGCGUCAUUGACCCGCACUUGGGCUUCCACCUGCCCCUGGAGGUGGCCUACCAGCGGGGCUUCAUCAACAAGGACACGUACGACAUGCUGUCCGAGCCCAGUGAGGUGCGAAGCUACGUGGACCCGUCCACGGAGGAGAAGCUGAGCUACACGCAGCUGCUGAAGCGGUGCCGCCGGGACGAGGGCAGCGGGCUCCUGCUGCUCCCACUCUGCGAUGCACGGAAGCUCACCUUCCGCGGCCUGCGCAAGCAGAUCACGGUGGAGGAGCUGGUGCGCUCGCAGGUGAUGGACGAGGCCACUGCACAGCGCCUGCAGGAGGGACUCACCUCCAUCGAGGAGGUCUCCAAGAGCUUGAAGAAGUUCCUGGAGGGCACCAGCUGCAUCGCGGGUGUCUUCGUGGACUCCACCAAGGAGCGGCUCUCUGUGUACCAGGCCAUGAAGAAGGGCAUCAUCAGGCCCGGCACCGCGUUCGAGCUCCUGGAGGCACAAGCAGCCACGGGCUACGUCAUCGACCCCAUCAAGGGCCUGAAGCUGACGGUGGAGGAGGCCGUUCGCAUGGGCAUUGUGGGCCCCGAGUUCAAGGACAAGCUGCUCUCUGCCGAGAGGGCCGUCACCGGCUACCGGGACCCCUACUCCGGGAAGCUCAUCUCCCUCUUCCAGGCCAUGAAGAAGGGGCUGAUCCUGAAGGACCAUGGGAUCCGGCUGCUGGAGGCCCAGAUUGCCACUGGCGGCAUCAUUGACCCCGAGGAGAGCCACCGCCUGCCUGUGGAGAUUGCCUACAAGAGGGGCCUCUUUGACGAGGAGAUGAACGAGAUCCUGCUGGACCCCAGUGACGACACCAAGGGCUUCUUUGACCCCAACACGGAGGAGAACCUCACCUACCUGCAGCUCAUGGAGCGGUGCAUCACUGACCCGGAGACUGGCCUCUGUCUCCUGCCCCUGAAGGAGAAGAAGCGGGAGAGGAAGACGUCCUCCAAGUCCUCUGUCCGCAAGCGCAGGGUGGUCAUUGUUGACCCGGAGACGGGCAAGGAGAUGUCUGUGUACGAGGCCUAUCGCAAGGGCCUCAUCGACCACCAGACGUACCUGGAGCUGUCAGAGCAGGAGUGUGAAUGGGAGGAGAUCACCACCUCCUCCUCCGACGGUGUGGUGAAGUCCAUGAUCAUCGACCGGCGCUCGGGGCGCCAGUACGACAUCGAUGAUGCCAUUGGCAAGGGCCUGAUUGACCAGUCGGCGCUGGACCAGUACCGCGCAGGCACGCUCUCCAUCACUGAGUUUGCGGACAUGCUCUCAGGCAACAUGAGCGGCUUCCGCUCACGCUCGUCCUCUGUGGGCUCCUCCUCUUCCUACAGUGUCAGCCCGGCACCAGUGAGGACGCAGAUAUCCAUGUGGAGUGACCCAACUGAGGAGACGGGGCCGGUGGCCGGCAUCCUGGACACAGACACCCUAGAGAAGGUGUCUAUCACUGAGGCCAUGCGCCGCAACCUCGUGGACAACAUCACGGGGCAGCGGCUGCUGGAGGCUCAGGCCUGCACCGGUGGCAUCAUUGACCCCACCACCGGCGACAAGUGCACCGUGGCUGACGCCGUGACCAAGGGCCUGGUGGACAAGAUCAUGGUGGACCGCAUCAACCUGGCGCAAAAGGCCUUCUACGGCUUCGAGGACCCGCGCACCAAGACGAAGAUGUCGGCGGCGCAGGCGCUCAAGAAGGGCUGGCUCUACUACGAGGCCGGGCAGCGGUUCCUGGAGGUGCAGUACCUGACGGGCGGCCUCAUCGAGCCGGACGUCGAGGGCCGUGUGUCCCUGGAUGAGGCGCUGCAGAAAGGCACCAUUGACGCGCGCACGGCCCAGAAGCUGCGCGACGUCAACACCUACUCCAAGUACCUCACCUGCCCCAAGACCAAGCUCAAGAUCUCCUACAAGGACGCCAUGGACCGCAGCAUGGUGGAGGAUGGCACCGGCCUGCGUCUCCUGGAGGCCUCCUCCCAAUCCAGCAAAGGUUACUACAGCCCCUACAACGUCAGCAGCGCCGGCUCCACCUCCGGCUCCCGCUCAGGCUCCCGCACCGGCUCCCGCUCUGGCUCCCGGCGCGGCAGCUUUGACGCCACCGGCUCCGGCUUCUCCAUGACCUUCUCUUCCUCCUCCUACUCCUCCUCGAGCUUCGGGCGCAGAUACACGACGGGUCCCACGGAGGCAGUGGCUGCCUUCGCCUCCGCCUUGGUCUGGAGCUGCGGGAGGGAGGCAAGCGUGGAGCGCGCCGGGAUGCACCGGCUGCCGCUGCGCGUGCGCCCCGGCACGGCCCCAGCACCGCGGCACUGCUGCCUCCACCGUAAGUGUGGUGGCACUGGCCCGACCGCACUCCAGCACGUCGUCCACCAAGAGCUGCUGCCGCCUCCGCCAGCCCACGGCCACCGUGCCUUGCUCCGGCACUGCGCUGGGGUCUGCCACGUCUCUCCCCAGCCCCAGCGAGGGCGUCGCGGCACCUCUGGGCGAGCUCCUCACCUGGGUCUCUGGUGUCGGCAGCUUGUGGACGGGUUCGAGGGGACAUUGGGACGCGGCAGUGGCUCGGCCGCGCUCACCGGCACAGAUGUGGUGCUGGAUGCGGUGCUGGAUGUGGUGCUGGAUGUGGGUUUGGAUAUGGGGUGGGAUGUGGUGCUGGAUGCGGUGCUGGAUGUGGGGUUGGACGUGGGGUUCGACGUGGUGCUGGAUGUGGUGCUGGAUGUGGGGUGGGAUGUGGUGCUGGAUGCGGUGCUGGAUGCGGUGCUGGAUGUGGGGUUGGACGUGGGGUUGUUCGAGGGGUUGGAUGUGGUGCUGGAUGUGGUGCUGGAUGUGGGGUUGGAUAUGGGGUGGGAUGUGGUGCUGGAUGUAGUGCUGGAUGUGGUGCUGGAUGUGGUGCUGGAUGUGGUGCUGGAUGCGGGGUUGGAUGCGGUGCUGGAUGCAGGGUUGGAUGUGGGGUUGGAUGUGGGGUUGGACAUGGGGUUGGACGAGGGGUUGGAUGUGGUGUUGGAUGUGGUGCUGGAUGCGGUGCUGGAUGCGGUGCUGGAUGAGGGGUUGGAUAUGGGGUUGGAUAUGGUGCUGGAUGUGGUGCUGGAUGUGGGGUUGGAUAUGGGGUUGGAUAUGGUGCUGGAUGUGGUGCUGGAUGCGGUGCUGGAUGCGGUGCUGGAUGCAGUGCUGGAUGCGGGGUUGGAUGUGGGGUUGGAUGUGGGGUUGGAAAUGGGGUUGGACGGGGGGUUGGACGAGGGGUUGGAUGUGGUGCUGGAUGUGGUGUUGGAUGUGGUGCUGGAUGUGGUGCUGGAUGUGGGGUUAGAUGCAGAAGCUCUGCUCCAGCUCAGGGCCAGGGCCCCAAGACCCUGCAACACCCGGCCAAAGGCUGUGCUGCUGCAGCUACACACCAGUGUCUGCACCAUCAAGCCAGAGUCAGCUGUGCCGGUGAAUCUAUCCAUGUACCCCCUGCAGCCAGACCCUUGUGGCUGCUCCAUCGCUGGCACUGGCUGCCUGCACUGGCUGCAGCCCCACGGCACUGCUGAGGCCACCGGUGCCAGCGGACCCCCUGGAGCCAGCUUUGAGGGGUCAUCACUGGAUGGGGAGCCCACGGCAAGCACACGGCUGGAGGUGCAGCACCGGCUGCAGGCCCUGCGGCAUUGGCUGGAUGCAGUGGAGCGGCAGCUGCCAGCGCUGCAGCCGGGCGCUGUCACCUCCCUGACGCAGCUGUGGGGAGGCCCUGGCUCAGUGCAGGUGACCCCUGGGCAGCACCAGGGCGCAGGGCACUGCGGUGGCUCUGGUAACGUGCGUUCUCAUGGCUCGUUGCAGGCUGGAGCUGGUGCCGGUGCCGGUGCUGGUGCCAUGGGGAACUCAGUGACUCGGCCCGGCUGCCUGGGCCAGAGGCGCCGGCGCUCAGCAGAGGCACAGCUCCGGGAUGCGGUGCCGGACACGGUGCAGAAUGGCUGGAGCGUGGCACCCGGUGCCUCCGGGAGCCUGAAGCACAGCCCAGUGCCGGUGCAGAAUGGCAGCACUGCGUGUGUCCUGGUGCCAGGUGCAGCCUGGACACCCCCCACGCACCGUGGCACAUGGGGCUGGGCCCCUGGCACCCGGCGUGAAGUGACGGAGGUGACAGAGGUGACCGAGACCAUCGUCACUGAGAUCGUGGAGGUGACGCAGUACCCGGGCGCCGAGGCCCCGCUCGCCGGCACUGGCACCACGCCGGCGGAACGCCGGGGGGACAGAGAUGCCACAGAGGUGGUGCCAGAGGAGGCUGCGUUGGCGGCGCUGGUGUCGGUGGAUCGGGCUCAGGACACGCCAGAGGCGCUGCUGGCCUGGGUGGCUGACAUGGAGGAGCUGGUGGGCAACCAGAGGCCACCAUCAGCCGAGGCGAAGGUGGUGAAGGCACAGCUGGAGGAGCAGAAGCUGCUGCAGCGGCUGCUGGAGGAGCGGCGGCCGCGCGUGGAGCUGGUGCUGCAGGAUGGAUCCGGGGCCCUGGUGCGUGACACCGGCACCGGCACCCUCGGCGAGAGGUGGGAGUGGCUGGUGCAGGAGGCAGGAGCCAGGUCAGGCCGCCUGGAGCAGAUCUUGCCGGCAGCGCUGCGCUUCCAGGAGGCCGCCGAUUCCUUCCAGGAGUGGCUGGGAGCCGCGGAGCGGAGGCUGGCGCAGCUCUGGCGCGCCGAUGGCUGUGGCGACAUGCAGGACGCCCAUCGGCAAAGCCAGGAGCUGUGCCAGGAGGUCGGUGCACGGCUGGGGGAGCUGGACAGUGCUUUGGCAAGUGGGCAGCAGGUCCUGACUAUGGUCACAGGGGAGGAGGUGCAGGUGGUGCAGGAGAAACUGGAGUCGCUGCGGACGCGGUACCUCAUCGUGUGCCGGAGCAGCGCCGAUGCCUCGCAGCGCCUGGGGCAGACGCUGGAGGCCUCAGCCCGCCUGGACAUGGUGCAAGAUGACCUGGUGCUGUGGCUGAGCCGCAUGGAGCAGGAACCGGCCUGCGGUGAUGGCACUGACCAAGGAGAGCAGCUGGAGCAGCUCCUGGAGGCGCAGCUGGGCUGCACAACCGCACUCGCUGCGCUCAUGGAGCAGCCUGUGCCGGUGCCGCUGGAUGCUGCGGUGCUGCGCGCGCAGCUCGAUGAGCAGAAGCUGCUGUCAGCUGAGGUCCUGCACCGCCGUGCGCUGGUGGAGCGGCUGCUACGUGUCACCGACCCGCUGCUGCACUGCAUCCCCGACCCGCUGCGGCAGCGCCUGCAGCCAUCAGUGCAGGCGCUGCGGGAGCACAUGGAGCAGCUCUGGCAGCGCUGCGGUGCCCGCGGUGAGCAGCUGGAGCAGGCACAGGCACUGCUGGCGCAGUUCACGGAGGUGCAGGAGGAGCUGCAGCCCUGGCUGCGGGAGGCGCAGGCGGCCGCGCUGCAGCUCGCGCCCAGCACCAUCGACUGUGACGGUUUUAAGGAGCAGCAGCAGCUGCUGCAGAGCCUGCGCGAGGCCCUGGCUGAGCACCGACCGCUGCUGGGGAAGCUGCAGCGUGUUGCGGCACAGCUGCAGGAGCUGAGCCCGGAGCAGGCGGCACCAUUCCGGCAGCGCUGCAGCGAGGCUGAUGAGCUGUACAGCUGCAUCCGGCAGCGCCUGCGCCAGGCAGCCACGCUGCUCGAGGAUGCUCUGCCACGGUACAGCCAGCUCUCAGAGCGCAUGGAUGUGCUGCGGGAGUGCCUGGAGCGGCUGCAGCGGCGCCUGCAGAGCCAGCCUGGCGCACGUGGCGACGCGGUGCAGCUGCGGGAGCAGCUCCAGGACAACGCACUGGCGCUGGCAGAGCUGGAGCAGCUCGGGGCUGCCCUGGCCACAGUUCAGGCGCAGGGCGAGGAGCUGCUGGGCAGCGUGCUGGAGGCCGGCUGCAGUGCCGCGGCUGCAGGGCUGCAGGAGAGGCCAGCGCAGCUGCAGGCUCAGUGGGGGUCCCUGCAGCGCCAGUGCCAGGAGCGGGAACGGUGGCUGCGGGACGUGCUGCCGCUGGCAGAGCGGUUCUGGCAGGGCCUGGCCGAGCUGGCAGUGGCGCUAAGCGACACCCAGCACGUGCUGCUGGCGCUGGAGGAUGCUGGUGGUGACACUGAGGACACCCCAGAGCCUGAUACCAUCCGGGCCCGGCUGCGCUCCAUGCAGGUAUGGGCUGGGGCUGAGGGCAGUGUUGCAAUGCAGGCAGUGCUGCAAGAGCAGUGCCACAGCAUGGUCAGCCCCAUGGCACAGGCAGUGCUGCAGCAUGGGCAUAUCCAUUUCAUGAGUAGUCCAAUGGCACAGGCAUGGGCAGCCUCAUGGUUUUUGCAGCUUCGUGGCACAGUCAGUGCUGCAACAUGGGCAGCACCGUGGUGCAGGCAGCCCCACUGCCAUGGAGCACUGUGCCCAUGCACAUUGCAUGGGCAGUGGUGUAGCAUGGGCAGCCCCAUGGCACGGGCAGUGGCGCUGCGGGAGGAGCUGGACACGCUGCAGGUGGAGCUGGACGCGCUCGGCAGCGUUGGCGUGGAGCUGGCAGCCGCCUGCGGGGACCCCGGCAAACCCGACGUCACCCGGAGCAUGGACGAUCUCUACCGCUCAUGGCACAGCCUCAGCCAGGCCUGGGCCCGGCGCUUCGGCCGCCUUGAGGAGCAGCUCCAGGCUGCUGUCACCCACCAGGACACUGAGCAGCGUCUCUGCGGGUGGCUGGAUGCGGCCGAGCUGCGCCUGGCCGAGGAGUUCCUUGUCGGCGGGGACCUGCCGGUGCUGCAGCAGCAGCUGGUGGAGCUCAAGGAGUUCAAGCGGGAGCUCUACCAGUGCCGGGUGGAUGUGGAGACGCUGCGGCAGCACCAGCACCAGCCCGGCACGGGGGGCACGGCCAAGGGAGACCUGGCCCAGGGGGACCCAUCCCAGGGGGACCCCACAGCCGCGCUUCCCGACUUCCGCCAGCGCUGGGACCGUCUGGAGGAGGAGAUCGUCAGCCGGCAGCAUGAGCUGGAGGCGGCGCUGCUGGGGCUGGGGCAGUUCCAGCACCAGCUGCAGGAGCUGCUGCAGUGGCUGACGCGCACGGCCGAGACGCUGCAGAGCCCCGCGGUGCUGCGCCCCGACCUGCAGAGCUGCGAGAUCGAGCUGGCCAAGCACACGGUGCUGCGGAACGACGUGCUUUGCCACGCGCGCACGGUGCAGGCGGUGAAUGAGGCGGCGCAGGGGCUGCUGCUCUGCAGCAUGGGGCACAGCGAGGAGGGGUUGCAGCACAGCCUGCACCAGCUCAACCAGCGCUGGGAUCUGGUGCGCAGCGAGACCGAGACCCGGCAGCUGCAGCUGGAGAACAACCUCAGCCAGGUCCAGGACAUUACACUGGAGAUCACGGAGCUGCUGCAGUGGCUGGAGCAGGUGGAGCUGCAGCUCUUCUUCUCGAAGCCGGUGUGGGGCCACCCGGACACCACCAAAGAGAUGCUCACGGUGCAUCUGGAGCUGUGCAGGGAGCUGGAUUCCAAGCAGGACACGUACAGCAGCCUGCGGGAGCGGCUGCAGCGGCUGCUGGGCCCCAGCGGCGUGGGGCAGCCCUGCAGCACGGAGCACGGGCUGCGCCUGCUGCAGCACAAGUGGGAGAGCGUCCGUGCCGAGGCGCAGGAGCGGAAGGAGAGCCUGGCCGAGGGGGUGACCGUCAGCACCGAGUUCCACGGCACCGUGCAGGAGCUGCUGCGCUGGGUGGCCCAGGCAGAGGAGCAGCUUGGGGACCCCGCGCCGCCCAGCUUCGUCCUUGACACCGUCACCGCGCAGCUGCAGGAGCACAAGGUGCUGGUGAGAGAGGCGAGUGCCCACGGGGAGAAGCUGGCCGGACUGGAGGCUGUGGCCGCUCGCUUGAGGGACUUCAGCAGGAAGCAGGACGGGGCCGUGAUCCAGAACAUGGUGCUGUCGGCCAAGGAGCGGCUGGGGAAGGUGCUGCAGCGGCUGGCGGAGCGCGGCACCGUGCUGGAGGAGGCUCGAAAGCGCAGCAAGCAGUUCACCGAGUCCCGGCAGCUGCUCCUGGACUGGAUGGGUGAGGCCGAGCAGAGCCUGGAGGUGCCUUCGGACACCACCACGAGCCAGGAGGAGCUCAAGUCCCGGCUGGCUGAGCACAAGGCGUUCCAGAAGGUUCUGCGCUCAAAGCGGCCGGUGCUGGAGGCCACGCUGCGGAGCGGACGGGCGCUGCGGGAGGGGGCCCGGCUGGACCAGGACCUGCAGCCUCUGGAGGAGCUGCUGCGGGACCUGAAGGAGCGCUGGGAUGCGCUGUGCAGCCUUGCUGCCGAGAGGCAGCACCAGCUGGAGGAGAGGCUGCUGCUGUCGGGGAAGUUCUCGGAGGCGCUGCAGGCGCUCCUGGACUGGCUGUACCGCGCCGAGCCGCAGCUCAGCGAGGACGUGCCCGUCGGUGGUGACCGCGACCUGGUCAGUGACCUGAUGGACAAGCACAAGGUUUUCCAGAAGGAACUGGGCAAACGCGCUGGCUGUGUGCGGGCGCUGACGCGCUCGGUGCGGGACCCGGCGCGCGGUGACUCGCCGUGGCUGCAGCGGCAGCUGGAGGAGCUGAGCACGCGCUGGGACCUGGUCUGCCGCCUCUCCCUGGGCAGGCAGGCGCGGCUGGAGGCAGCGCUGCGCCAGGUCAUGGCGAGGGGCCUCGGGGGGAAGGGGCUGCAGUGUGCCUGCGCUGUGGGGUGCUGCAUGGGGUGCCUGGGCUCUGUGUGGCUAUGCUGCAGGCUGCUGUGUGGGGUGUCUGGGCUCUGCAUGUGGUUGCGCUGCAGGGUGCUGCGUGUGGCCACACAGCUUUGUGUGUGGCUGUGUCGCAAGCUGCCAUGCCCGAGUGCCAGGCUGGGUGCUGCAGGUGCUGGUUACAGGUGCCGGGGGAAGAUGUUGGUGCUGCAACUCCAUGGGGAGGUCCUGGUGGGGACCGUGGUGUCGAGCCAUGGCAAGGAGCCUCCUCUGUCCUGCUACAGGUUGCAGCCGGGCUGGCAGCAGCUCUGGGCACAUAGUGCUGCAAUGAGUCACAUGUGCUGGGUGCAGGAGCAGCAGCCACAGGGUCUGGUUGAGGGUCUUGGGGGCUGGGCCCUGGUGCUGCAGCCACACGCAGGGGCUGAGCAGGUCCCAUGUCUGCUGCAGGCUGAAGAGUUCCACAGCCUGGUGCAGUCAUUCCUGCGCCGCCUUGGCGAGUCUGAGCAGAGCCUCAAGUACGGCGCCAUCCCCGAGGAGGAGGCGGCCGUGCAGCAGUGUCGUGACCUGCUGCAGGAGCUGCUGCAGUCGCUGCAGUGCCAGCAGCUGGAGCUGGAGUGCAUCACCUCACUGGGGGAGGAGAUCCUGUCCUCCUGCCACCCUGACUCCGUUGUCACGAUCAAGUCCUGGAUCACCGUCGCCAAGAGCCGCUUCCAGGAGGUGCAGCGCUGGGCGCAGCAGCAGGGUGAGCGGCUGCAGGCACAGGCGUCGCGGCUGGUGGCCGAGCGGGAGGAUGCGGCGCAGCUCCUGGAGUGGAUGGCGGCAGCCGAGGAGGCGCUGGGGCUGCGGGACACGGAGCCGCUGCCACAGGAGGUGGAGCCACUGCAGGAGCUCAGUGCACAGCAUGCGGUCUUCAUGGAGGAGCUAAACCGCAAGCAGCCUGACGUGGAGAAGGUGACCAAGAGCUGCAAGCAGAAGCUGGCCGUGGAUCUGGGCCCACCAGUUGCACGCCGACUGGCCACACGGCGCCGCAGCACAGGGAAGGCAACGGCGGAGCUGCCCGGGGCGCCAGAGCCCCAGAGCCCGCUCACGGCGCAGGUCCUGCAGCGCUGGCAGCAGCUCUGGCUCCUGGCGCUGGACCGGCAGUACCGGCUCGAGACGGCCCUGCAGCGCCUGCGGGAGCUGGAGGAAUUUGCUCACUUCGACUUUGGGGUCUGGCGCAAGCGCUACAUGCACUGGAUCGGGCAGAUGAAGUCCCGUGUCCUCGACGUCUUCCGAGGCAUUGACCGGGACCAGGACGGGCGCAUCAGCCAGAGGGAGUUCAUAGAGAGCGUCCUCUCCUCCAAGUUCCCCACCAACGUUCUGGAGAUGAACACUGUUGCCAGCAUCUUUGACAUGAACGGCGACGGGUUCAUCGACUACUGUGAGUUCGUCAGUGCCCUGCACCCCAACCGGGACCUGCUGCGCCGCGGCGCCGAUGCUGACCAGAUCCAGGAUGAGGUGAACCGGCAAGUGGCCCAGUGCAACUGUGCCAAGCGGUUCCAGGUGGAGCAGAUCAGUGCCAACAGGUACCGGUUUGGGGAGUCGCAGCAGCUGCGGAUGGUGCGCAUCCUGCGCAGCACCCUCAUGGUGCGGGUCGGUGGCGGCUGGAUCGCGCUUGAUGAGUUCCUGGUGAAGAACGACCCCUGCAGAGUGAAGGGAAGGACCAACCUGAAGAUCAAUGAGAAGUACCUGGGCGCGGAGGCCUUCGGGGCGGGCGCAGGCAGUGCCUCGUCACCCUCAUCCAAGGCGCUGUCCCCGACCCGCUCCAGCUCCAGCCUCAGCCUCUACAGCAGCGCCUCGGCCCCCUGCAGCCCCCUGGCCAGGAAGUCGGUGCAGCGCAGGACGCGCUCUGGUGACCGGUGCCCCCGCGCCCGCGGCUCCCUCCUGCCCGACGCAGCCGAGCUGCAGCUCCCCGUGGCCGAACAGAGCCUGGCUGCCGCAGCGGCAGAGCCCCCCGAGGGGUCCCCCCCACAGCGGUGCAGCCCCUGCCGCUGACCCCCUGCACCAGCACCCUCAGCCGGCCCCACUCAGGACCCUCCUGUCUGCCGGAGGAUAGCAGAGCUGCAGCCAUGUGCCCACAGGUCUGACCUGCACUGCUGCUGCAGCAUGUAUGCAACCCCCUGCCCCACAGCACCCCCCCUGCCCCACAGCACCCCUCUGAUCCACAGCACCCCCGUGCCUCACAGCAACCCCCUGGUCCAGCUGCUGCAGCCCCUGCCCCGCUGCAGCCCCGCUGAUGUGCUCCAAGUGCCCACUGCAGCCGCAGCAUUUGGGGCAGUGGGGCUGGGGCAGGCCAGACACCACCGUGGUGGGCUCUACCCCUUGGGGUGGCUGCCGGUGCCGUUGGUGCUGGGUUGGGGGUUCCCCGCAUGCCCUCAGUGCUGGGUUAGGGGUCCCCCCAGUGCCAUCAGUGCUGGGUAGGGGGUUUCCCCCAUCCCGCUGCCCGCACCCCAGUGGGCCGUGGCCGGGCUCAGUGCCUUCCCUGGCGGCGCAGCCCCGGUUCUGGUGCUACCCCCCUUCCCUGUCGGUACCUGCGCUAGGGCUCCGGCUGCAGCCACCCUGAUCCCAGUGGGGCAGGGGCUGCCGGGGGGGUCCUGCACCGCACUGCACCCCCCCGGCACAGGUCCCAGCCCCGCUGCCGCAUGCUGCCACCACCCCCUAACCGAAGAGCAGUAGAGCUGAAUGUAACCCCGGCCCGCCAGCACCAAUAAACAGUAGAUGGUUUUCUAUGAGUG